UUCGCGUCCACGUACGACUCCCGGCCAUUGCACUCCACGGCGCGGGAUAGUCUGGAUACCCAUAUAUGUCUCGGACUGACAUUUAAGCUUGUACAUGGAUGGCUACACAGCGCGCUUUUGGCCCAAGCUCUUCUUUUACGACUAGAACCUAUAACGAGGGAAAUACCUCACCUGGCCUAGGAUCCAAUACUAUUGCUGCGACACCGAAACAACCUGGUCUCAGGUUGCUCGCGUUCGACGAUGGCGGGGCUAGAGGACUUACAAUGCUUCUGCUACUCCGGCAUAUCUUGCGCGAAGUCGACCAUGUAUCACAGCAGCCCGGCCUCCCAUGCGAAUACUUCGAUCUUAUUGCGGGCAGUGGCACUGGCGGGUUGAUAGCUCUCCUCUUGGGUCGUCUGCGCCUCAGCAUGGACGAUGCUAUUGAAUGCUAUACUCGAGUUGUCGAGCGAGUUUUCCUUCGAACCAAGGCAGCCAAAUUCAGGGACGCGCCUUUCGAAGAGGUCCUCAAGGAGAUAUGCAAUCGCUUUGGAAAUGGGAGUGAUACGCAGAUGCUCGCCGAACGUGGACCGCGCUGCAAUACAUUUGUUUGCGUCCAAAAGCAAGAUACAUCCGGGUUACUUCAUCCACAGAGGCUACGCACCUACGCUCAUCCGGCUGAGCCGUCGUUCCGGUGCACCUUCGUCGAAGCUGUACGCGCGACCAUGGGUAACCCCAUCUUUUUCGAUCCUCCUACUCUCUCCGAUAUCAACGGCACACCGUCGACAUAUCUCAACGCGGGAGACGCUCGUUGCAAUCCAUCCUUCGACCUCCUCGACGAGGCACGGUCUCUCUUUCCUUCUCGACAAGUCACCUACUUCGUCAGCCUGGGCGCCGGACGUGCGAACACCAUAGAUCCAUCUCCUCCGCGGGGAAUCAUGCACCAACCUAGGCUUCCUUCGACAUGUAUGACUGCCAUGCUCGAGCUUGCAGUUAGAUGCGACGCCAUAUCGGAAGCCUUCAUACAGGAGAACUCUGUGUUGGCGUCCGCCUACUACCGCUUCACUCACGACCAAGGGUGUGUUGAUGGUAAAAUGGCACAAUGGGAGCAGGUGGCCGUCCUCAAGGAGUUUUUGAAGCCUUACUCACUCGCUGUGGAUAAGCGGGCGCUGGAGCUGGAGACGAAGAUCAUCUCGGCACGCAAAGCGGAAUUGUCUGCUCGACGGCGGGCCUGGUAGUAUCCUGCAUAUCUGUACAUUAUCAUAAUGUUUGGUGCUCUCUUGGCAUGUUGUACGAGGGGAAUCUUCAGCGUAGCGUGGGAUAUAUUCCCCU